GUCCUUCGAUAUUUUGGACACCAAGUUCGGCAUGAUCUUGGGCAUGUCAUGGCUGCGAAGCGAGGAUUACCCGGUGAACUUCUACCGCCGCACCAUUCACGUUCGUGAUCAGAAUGGAGUACUAGUCCAAUGCACGGUGCCUCCUCCUCAGCCUUCGAUCAGCUGCCACGUGGUGUCCGCCGCAAGCAUUCGAGCUUCCAUCACCCCGGAUGACAUCGAGGAGAUGGGGGUGUGUUUUCUCCACACCCUCCCGCCCCAAGACAUUCCAUCGAUGGACUCACCACCGGACCCACGCAUCACCGAGCUUCCCGACGCCUACGGCGACGUGUUCGAAACACCACACGGAGUAGUAUCGGAUCGGCGCAUUCGCCACGAGAUCAUCCUCGAGGACGGGGCCGUACCUCCGCGUGGUUGCAUCUACCGCAUGAGCGAGGAAGAGUUAAGUGUGCUAAGGGCACAACUCGACGAUCUUCUCGAGAAAGGCUGGAUUCGGCCUAACUCUUCGCCAUACGUUCUCUUCGUCCGAAAGAAGAACAAGGAGCUGCGGUUGUGCAUCGAUUAUCGCAAGCUCCACGCGCAAACCGUCAAGAACGCCGGCCCUCUUCCGCGCAUCGACGGCCUCCUCGAACGACUGGGCGACACCAAGUUCUUCUCCAAGCUUGACCUCAAAUCGGGGUAUCACCAACUCAAGAUCCGGCAGGAGGACCGCUACAAGACUGCGUUUAAGAUGCGAUAUGGGCAAUUCGAAUGGCUGGUUAUGCCUUUUGGCCUUACGAAUGCCCCGGCCAUAUUCCAAGCGACUAUGACAACGGAGUUCCGACACAUGCUGGAUAGAUUCGUACUUAUCUACCUCGACGACAUCUUGGUGUACAGCCGGAGUUUGGACGAGCAUGUGGAGCACCUGCGCACCAUUUUGGAGCGGCUACGACAAGCCAAGUACAAAGUCAACCGCGACAAAUGCGAAUUCGCGUGGCAAGAGCUGGAGUACUUGGGACAUUAUGUGACGCCGCAAGGCAUCCGUCCGCUUGCGGACAAGAUCGAGGCCAUCCGUUUAUGGCCCGAGCCCACCAACACCACGGCCGUUCGUUCAUUCAUGGCGUUGGCGGGCUACUAUCAACGCUUCAUCACCGUGUACUCAAGGAUUGCCCCACCUAUGACGAGAUUACAAUCACCAAAAGUGCCAUUCGUAUUCGAUGACGAUGCACGCCGGGCAUUCCAAGCACUCAAGACGGCCAUGCUCAUGGCACCCGUCCUUAGCAUCUACGACCUCACCCUGCCAACGAGAGUGACAACCGACGCUUCCGGCUAUGGCAUUGGGGCAGUCUAAUUGCGACUCUUGCGACUCUUGCGAAGUU